AUGGAACGCCACCUGAACGGCAACGUUCCAGCCCCCUUUUCGGGGCUCCAAGAGACCGAGGCGUCAGUCCCAUCAAGUCCUACACACACGUUCCGCAUGAACGCGCGCCCUUUCUCGUCUCCGGUAGGCACCUUAGUACCCGUACUCUCGUCCUUGUCGCCCGACACUGCGCUUACCGCAGCUGAGCUUGGCCGCUUGCAAGAUCGGGUAUCGACACUGGAUCGGGACCUCCAGAAGGCUUCUCAGCGUGCUCAGGCGGCAAUCUCUCAGCGUGAUCAAGCCAGGGCGGCGCAUAUCGCUACCCAGGAUCGUGUUUCCGCGGCUCGAGACACUAUCGCCCGGCUGGAAAAGUGGAUUAACCAAGUCGAGAGGUCUCAGAAGUCGCGUCAGGAUCUCGAGUCUGCCCUCGCAACGCUUCAGCAGGAGAAAGAUGCUCUGGCAGUUCAAAGAGAUGAGGUGCUCGGUCAGCUUUGCGAGCGUUUCAUGGAGGUCACCGACCUACGGGCCGAACGGGACCAGGCGCAGGAGAGGUUGUCCAACAUUGCGUCCCUUCUCCCUUCCGCGCCGAGCCACAAGCGAGCACGCUCUGAGUCCGAGUGUCCAACCCAGUCUACCCGUGUCUCCAAGGCCGCUCGAUCGUCUUCACGUCUCUCUCAGGCUGGCACUUCGAGUCAUGCCCCUGCAUCUACACCCUCGAUCGAGCUUGUGUCUGCCGUGGCUGCCGGCCAGAAGGCUGAAGGAUUGGUGUUAUCUCCUUCAUCCGCUGGUCCUCCUGAUCAUCUCCCUCGAUCUGUCCGAUCGACCACUAAGGGUGGCAGCGGAGACGUUUCGUCUUCCCUUGCAGCUUCUGAGGCAGGCGCGCUUCGUGAUGGUGGCGAGAGCUCUUCCGGCGAAUCUGGUUCAACUCACGUUUUUGACUCGGACGCCACGGGAAGCGACAGUGGCUCUCCGGAGUCGAGUCGUGCCAAGAACGAGUUUGGAAAGCCAUCCGGUCCUCUAUCGGACGCUGAGCUGGCGGCUUUUUUUGCCGCCUACAACGGUUCCCCGAUCGGAGUGAAUUCCCGGUUAUCGCGAUUGUCGCAGCUUUCGCGGCCAUGGCAUCGUCCCCUGGUCUGCGAUAUUCGUCAAACCAGCAUCGUGGAGACGGACGCGGAUCUGCUGUUUCACCACUACACCAAGCCGAUGGAGUGGCUAAUUCCUCUCCGUCGCGACUUGAUCGAGCCUGCUCCGUGGGAGGUCCUUGCUGCCCCGCUUGACCCUCUCACGUUCAAAAGUCGGGGUUGGUUCCGGCACAUGAAGCGACUUUACGCUUCGUACGAGGAUGAGCAUCUUCGGGACUCCACCCACGCCUUUCCGGUAAGCAUUACCAAGCGUCGCGCCAGUCGCUACUUGGACGCGUUCUACACUGGCCGCAAGCAGCGUCGAUCCAGAGCUGGCGCCCGGUGGGAGUCGUUCCUUCAGCAGGUGCUGAUCGGCUUGCUCCGGGGUUACUGCGAUUUUGACUUGUUGCUGGAUCCCUUCUUCCUGCAUUUCCCUCGACCCGGUGAGGCAGGUGCCUGGUAUCCUGGGAUCGAGGACGGCGCCAAUCCUGCCGAUCUACUGGAGGCGUUGACCAUCACGGACGCGGUCGAUAGCUGGCGUAACCAUUAUUGUGACGUGCCCGAGGACCAUCCGGCGUUUGGGAUUGCUCUCCUGCGCGGUAAAUUCUUAUCCUCCUCUCCCUGA